GUCACUUCCUUUGGGCUUAGUUCAGUGCUUCCCUGCGCCAGGCUCUGUUUUUUCGGGAUACUAACAGCUGAAUAUAUGUGUUAAAUCUGCCGGACGCUGAGAAAACAAGCAAGCGUGCAGGGAUCUUACAGAAUGCAGCUGUUUGUCUCACUGGCGAUCAGCUAGUAGUUCAUUCUCCGUUUAUUCUCUGCUGCUCACCUGGCCGUGUGUGUGUGCGCGAGACCCUCCGCCGCCGCUGUGAUGGGAGAACACAAUGAAAGCGAAAUUAUCGAGCACCACGACGACGAAGAAAUGGAGAAGAGAAACAGGUACAGGAACGACUCCAACUCCCUUCUGGAGAGUCUGACUCCGUCCGAGAGAGACGGACAGAGGAGCACUCAGCCUUCUCACCGCCUCUUAGCCUACAGCGACGCGCUCAUCUCCAUCAUAGCCACCGUCAUGAUUUUACCUGUUGCCCACACGAAAUUCCAAAACACUGAGGAACUGAAGGACAGCAUUCAGUUGCUCCUCACCACUAAGAUUGCAGUCUACUUGAUGACAUUUUUAAUAGUCACUGUUGCUUGGGCAGCCCAUAUCAGGUUGUUUCAGGUCAUUGAGCGCAUUGAUGACACUCUUGCACUUCUUAAUUUGGCUUGCAUGAUGCUGAUAACAUUUCUGCCUUACACAUUUUCUCUGAUGGCGACAUUCCCAAAUAACGUUCUUGGCAUUGUGUUUUUCUGUGCCUGUGUCAUUGUAAUAGGCCUCAUUCAGGCGGUCAUUGUCAUUUAUGGAUUUAGCCGUCCUUUCCUCCUGAACGAGCACAUUCAGAUGUCGGAGAACCGAGCCUACUACAGACGCCACAUCCUCGAAAUUAUAAUGAGGGUUCCUUUAAUGUGCUUCUUUGCCAGCAUCUUUUCAUUCAUCUUUUUUCAACUGUCUUAUGUCCUGCUGGCCAUCAUUAUAUUCAUGCCCUAUAUUUCUCAGUCUUUGAAAUGGAUUCGGAAUAAAGCCAUUGGUGGUCCAUCAGACGACACUCCAGACUCGAUGCUGUUCUAUACAUACCACCCGAAUGAACCGCUGAGCAAAGAGCGAGUCGAGGCUUUCAGUGAUGGUGUAUAUGCCAUUGUAGCCACCCUUCUCAUCUUAGACAUAUGUGAGGACAAUGUGCCAGACCCUUCCCUUGUGCAGAAGGAGUUCGGCGGCAGCCUCUUCGCAGCUCUUCAGGAGUAUGGCCACGAGUACCUGGCCUACUUUGGCUCCUUCGCCACUGUGGGCCUGCUGUGGUUUGUGCACCACUCACUCUUCCUGCACGUGACCCGGGCCACUCGACUAAUGGGCCUCCUCAACACCUUCUCCCUAGCCUUCAUAGGUGGUCUACCACUGGCCUACCAGCUGACCCACGAGUUCCCCCGUGGCUCCCGCAAUGAGCUAGAAGCCAUCCAAAUUAGCUGCGUCAUUAUUUUCUUUGCGGGCCUCUUUCAGCUGGCCUUGUGGGUCACUGCACUCUUCUCAGAGCGUGAGACACUGCGUCCGUAUGUGCAUUAUGGAGGCCGGGAGCACGCCUUCAUGUUCGCCAAACUCUCUCUCUAUCCCUUUGUAGCUUUAGGGACUUUCUUCUUCACCUGCAUCCUCAGCCGCUUCAGUGCACCCAUCUUUCACUUGAUGCAGAUUGCUGUCCCCUUUGCUUUCCUGCUGCUCAGGCUGCUGGUGCGAGUGACGCUGGCCGUGCUCAGGUGGCUCUUCUGUCCUGCUAGACCCGACGUCGGAAACACACCAGUGGAAGAGGACGACUCACGUCUGCCCUUUAAUGACAUUGUCACCUAGCAGGAGAUGGUCAGCGCUGGGGUAAGUCCAGCAGGUUCUGGGCCCAUAUUCACAAAAAAUCUUAGAGGUCCUCUACAAAUGCUUGUAAUUUCAUGUAAUGUGAUUUUUUUGCUGUUCCGUGAGUUUGGAGGAAUGUAGAUAAUGUUAUCAUGGACAAAGUCAGUUAGCACUGAAUGGCUAUGUUAGGACUUUGGGAUAAGGAGGUCAGUGCCUUCUUUAGUAAAAAGACAAGUGGAACUACGAAAACCAGAGUCGUGGCAAAAAAAACAAACAAAACAAAAAACAACAAAAAACCCAAAGCUGUAAACUGAAAAACUCGACAUUUUCUAAUUCAGAACAGAUAACAUGCCAUGGGGAGUUUCAUGAGUAAUUGGACUGAAAAGUGUUUAACAUACACUGAGCUAAGAAAACCCCAUAACCCACCAAAGCAGAUAUUGUCAUGAAAUUUGCAGUGAGAAUCUGAUUAAAUUUAGAAUAAACAGUAAAAUCAAAUCUGCUCAAGCCUUUCAUCCAUCAGUUAUUGAUGAGACCUUUGAUUGUGACUUUAGAUUUUUUUUGGUAAAAUCUUAUCAAAUGUAUUUGAUUUCUUCAAAAUUCUCAGAAUAUUAGUCACUGCAUUAAGAAAUUUAGUGAAUACAGGCACUGAUGUUGGACAGCAAUUUUGUUGGAUUUCAUAGGAUGUGAAGACAUAAGAAUAUCUCAGACUGCUAAAGCCACCUAUCCUUAAUCAUUCCUAACUUUCCAUACGGGUUGGUUCCAGAAAAAACCCAUGAAUCAGCUUACUUAAAUUAAGCUGUAGUGUCUUUCUACUAAGCACUUCUGACAUACUAAUGCAAAAUUGAGCAAAUUACCCUCUGCUUUAUAGUGUGAGCUGAUGGUCAAACUUCUGCGUCUCUCCCAUUCACAGACAGUGUAAAUCAUGGUUUGGACUGCGCAAAAAUAAUCAUAGGCCAGAUUCUUAGACGCUAGAGAUGUGCUUAUUUAAAUCUAACCAUCUUUUGGUUUAUUUACCCCUUUAAAGCAAUUUUAACAAUGACUUUAUUAUAAUUUGUAAUAUGUUUAUAAUCUCUUUUCCCUAGAUGUGCAAACUCUCAGAGCCAUAAGCUUAAAGUGAUGCUUCUGAAACUACGAUGGUUAGUUAUUUCUUUAGAGAAGAUUACUCACACUCCCUCUCAAAAACAUAUCCAAAAAAAUGAGCAACAUGCUAUGAUUCAAGAUGUCUUGAAGCUCCACUGACAUUGAAGAUCAGUAGUCAGUAGUAGCAUUUUGAAGUACAAAAUGAACAUUAGUACUCCUAAUAGACAUUUGCACUUGAUUUGAUACUAUAUUGAUAUGAUAUGAUACUAAAAUCUAUCAAGCACCUUAGAUGUUUCAGUGAAGACCUCAUUGCACUUUACCUAAGAUCCUGAAUUCAGGUUUGAUUUUUGUGUAUUCUGUAGAAGUAAAUGUAAGCCAUCAUAAUACGCAUGUUUUUAUAUUGUCUUAAAUGUUUGUAAUCGUGUCAUGCUUCAGAAGGGCAGAAUGUUAGAUGUUAGGACUUUGGAAUAAGGAAGCCAGUGCCUUCCUUUGUAAACACAGGUGGUACUACAAAACCAGAGCUCUGCGGGUUAUGACUGCUGUGUAUUUGUAAGAGUGCGAUUACUGUACCUGCCACAAGAUGAUGCUGUUGCAUAUCUGUUACACAUAUAAUUAGCAUUGUUAAGUCAUCCUUCCUGACCUCUUUCAGCACUGUUUUAUGUUACUGGGCACUUCAGCAUGCUUUCCUUUUCUGUGUAAAAGAGACAUCUGAAUGUCACAAGGGAAAUAUUAUCACUGUCAAUUUUAAGUCCAACUAAAAACACAGCAUAUCAGUUUAUUCUCUGAAUAAUAAAGUUGCAAAUUGCUGCUUGCUGGAGUCAGCUUAUACCUUUGAGUUUUUAUUACGUGUGUGUGUGUGUAUGUAUAUCUUAUGGAUGGGUGGAUGCUGAACAAGACAAUAAGAAGCGAGAUGUAAAGAAAAAAAUACAAGAUUUUAUUAACCUUCAAUAAUGAUAAUAAUAAUAAUAAUAACAACAACAACAACAACAAAUCAGCUUUAUAUAUUAUGUUUGAUUUCUUUAAAUUUCCCCUAACACCAUUUUUGUUUAAGGAUUCAUGGUAAAACCGACUGUUAAACAUUGCCCAUUUAAAAGGUAUAGAUUCACAUUAGAAAACAAAUCUGCAAAUCAAAGUCAUAAAUAAUUAUUAAAAAAAAACAAAAAAAAACAAUGAGAUCCCAACUGUUUUUUUUUUUAAAACAUUGCAUAACAUCUGAGAUUGAUGAGUAAAUAAGCUAAACCCCAUUUGGUGUUAAACUACUGAACAGUAUAUGCUUGUACAAUAUUACAUCUUGGAUAACAUCUGAACAUAAACCGUGCAAUAACUCCUAAGUUGAAAACAUUACAAAUCUGGUAGCUUCAUAACAAGCGCAGUCACUUGCUUUUAAGCUGUUGACACCUGCUGCAUUUUCUUUUUGGUCUGACAGGGUUACGUCUAUUAGACAUGCAACAUUCAUACGUGGCAACGAACUGUCCAUGGCAAGAGCAAGUUGAGCCAUGACUUUAACAAAAAA